CCUCGCAAAUAGCAACAACUGUCAUGGCGGAGAUUGUACGUAUGGUUAUGCAAUGAGAUGUAGCAGUAUGACCAGCCGUGGGGAUACCCCCAGUCCCCGCCAACAUUUACUUCUCCAAACCAAAUCCUAGGGGUAGAAGGAACAGUCUUAAAUACAAUCUUGAUAGUAAAGAAAAAUAUAUUAAUUCUAGAAGUUUUAUUACCAAUAUAAUUCAAAAUGAAUCGCUACUCGAUAAUGAAACAGUUGGGAGAUGGGACAUAUGGAAGUGUCCUUCUUGCCAAGUGUGCAGAGACAGGAGAACAUGUGGCCAUUAAAAAGAUGAAGAAAAAGUACUAUUCCUGGGAUGAAUGUUUAAGCCUCAGAGAAGUUAAGUCUCUGCGGAAGUUGAAUCAUGCAAAUAUAGUUAAGUUAAAGGAAGUGAUCAGAGAGAAUGACCAGCUUUUCUUUGUAUUUGAAUUUAUGAAGGAAAAUCUGUAUCAGAUGAUGAAGGAUAGAGAUCGUAUUUUACCAGAGUCAACAAUAAGAAAUGUAACCUACCAAGUACUGCAGGGAUUAGCCUUCAUGCAUAAACAUGGUUUCUUUCACAGAGAUUUGAAGCCAGAAAAUCUGCUAUGCUCAGGUGCUGAUUUAGUGAAAAUUGCAGACUUCGGUUUGGCCAGGGAAAUUCGGUCUCGACCACCAUAUACAGACUAUGUGUCAACCAGAUGGUAUCGUGCCCCAGAAGUACUUCUUCGGUCAACAAACUACAAUUCACCCAUAGACAUAUGGGCUGUGGGUUGCAUCAUGGCAGAACUGUACACCCUUAGACCGUUAUUCCCAGGCAGCUCAGAGAUCGACCAAAUAUUCAAAAUCUGCUCAGUUUUAGGUACACCAAAAAAGGAAGAUUGGCCUGAAGGGGCCAAGUUGGCAGCAGCCAUGAAUUUCAGAUGGCCACAGUGUGUUGCAACUAGCCUGAAAAGUCUCAUACCUAAUGCCAGUAAUGAGGCCAUAAUGGUUUUGAGGGACAGCAUGUUAUGGGAUCCCAAGAAGAGGCCCACAUCUACACAGUGUUUACGGUACCAGUAUUUCCAAGUAGGUCCCAAUAAAGGUAUCAAACCAGAGACUCAGUGGAAUCAGCCUAAGACUGUCGUGUCACCUGCUCCUGUAGCAGCCUCGCCUGUGAGAGUAUCGCCAGUAAAGGAGGAAAGUCGAUACUCGCCACCCAAACCCUUCCAGGAGAAGGUCGAUUAUGGCAAUAAAAUCAACGAUCCCUUACCAUCCUAUGGCAAGGACAAAUUUGACAGUGACCCAAUUGCAGUGGCUGUGAAGAAAGCGCCUCAGAAGAGUGGGGGAAGAAAGCGAUGGGGUGUUGGUGCCUCAGACUUUGAUGACUGGGGAGAUGAUCUAGAUGCCAGCUUCUCUAUUCCCAGUAAACCUAAAAACACAUACAAAGGCAUCAUUCCAUCCAUCAAGCCCAAAAAUGAAAACAAAAAGUUUAACAGGGACUUUGAUGACGAUGAUGAUGAUUUCUUAGGAAGUAUACUGAAUAAGAAACCAAGUCAGAAAAUCCCCCGAGUGCUGUCGGGGCGGUCGUCAGCAGCAUCAUCAGCAAAGCAGCAUUAUCUGGGGAAGGCUCGCUACUUACCAGGUAUCAACCCUCGGAACAGUGCCAAGAAGGACACAGGCAGUCCCUGGAAUACUGGCAUGAACAAAAACACUGGUGGGGGUACGAACAUGGGCAGGAACCCUCUGCCGCCACUGGGUGGACCAAGCUACAAUUCACGGACAAAUCAAGAUUAUUCCUCUCGAAAUCAAGAUAAUUCAUAUGUUCCAUCAUUUCUAUCACAGCCCAAAGGCAAUGCUUAUUCCACGAUGAAUUGGAAGCGAGCACAACCAGCAGGUCCAAUGUCGCUGAAUAAGAACUCUGCAGGCUUUCGGCAACCUGUGGGUGCCACUAACACACGAACAGAUUGGGCCGCUAAGUAUUUAAAGUGAUGGACUUUGGUAACAUUUAAUGACAACUAAGUGCCAAGUGUGGACUCGGUAGUACAGACAUUAUGUCGGAGACGGCCAGUGCUAGUGAUCCUCUGUUAUCUUCAGUGAAUACUUGUGAUACAAGUCCCGAGUAUAUUCCUCCUGAUGUUGAUGCAACAUUUAGUAGCAUUUGGCUUAACCAUAGAAUGGGAAAAUAAUGAUUUUCUUCAGAAUUAUGUACUCAAUUUUUUGUUGGAAGUAAACUCCACGUAAUUUUAAGAUUGAAUUUCAUUAUGACGUGUUCAUUUUUAUAAGAUAAAGGAGGUUAUCAGUGUCUUUGAUAAUGAAGUGUUAAAUGUGAUAAAAAAGACACCUGUUGUUGUUUUGUCUACUUUGAUGUGGGAGAUGUUUUUGUUGAUAUGUUAUUCUAACACCCUCCAUUAGUGUGGGCUGGAGUAAGUUAGGACCAGGCAGAGGAGAGGUGUUAUUCACUGUUUCAAUGUUUACAAAUGUCUUAAAAUUCUGACUCCAGAGAUGGUGCAACCUUGCAAAAGUUGUUUGUUAAUUAUAUUUAAUCAUGCCCCGUGGAAAACUUUGGAGAGCAAGAGAGUUUACCCAUCUUUACUUUACACAUCGAUCAGUGAUUGUAUCCAUGUCAUUCAACGUGAACUUUAUAAUAUAGGUAAUGAAUCAAAUUCAACCAAAAUACACAUUUCCAAGAAAUACAGGACUCCAACUGUAGUAUUGAUCUGUAAUUAGAUGUUUAGUACUCCAACUGUAGUAUUGAUCUGUAAUUAGAUGUUCAGUACUCCAACUGUAGUAUUGAUCUGUAAUUAGAUGUUCAGUACUCCAACUGUAGUAUUGAUCUGUAAUUAGAUGUACAGUACUCAACUGUAGUAUUGAUCUGUAAUUAGAUGUUCAGUACUCCAACUGUAGUAUUGAUCUGUAAUUAGAUGUUCAGUACUUUAACUGUAGUUUUGAUCUGUAAUUAGAUGUUCAGUACUCCAACUGUAGUAUUGAUCUGUAAUUAGAUGUUCAGUACUCCAACUGUAGUAUUGAUCUGUAAUUAGAUGUAAAAAGAAUGAGUAACCUGUUGAAUGAAUUAUUUAACAGUAUUUAAGUAACAAAUAAAACCCAAAACUUCAGUUAAUAUUUUGAAAUAUAGCGGUCCCUUUCAUAAGUAUGUUGUGCACCAACCAAUUUUAGUGAGUGUAAGGGUUAGUCUGGCACCUGGGAACAUCAAAUGUUCUUAAUACUACCAAUGGACUUACUGGUAAAUAAUUUCAUUUUAACGGUUUCAUAUUUGCUAUGAUUAUUUCCAAAUAUAAUUAUAGAUAUUGAGUACAUUUCUCUCAUCCAUGAAUAUACAUGGUAAGUAAUUAACGUAUAAACUUGCAAUCAUAGGUUGUGAAAUAAGACUGAGGGGACACUGAUGUCCGGAUAUAUAAUUAAAUUAAAGCAAGUAAAUUAUUAAUUGAGCAUGUACAUCAGGAGUUCAUUUAAUUUCCUUUUUUUUUACAAUGUGUACAGUAUAACUGAAGUCUAGUGGAAUGGAACCUAAGUGGAUUACACAAAACCUAAGUUUGGUUAAGAAAACCGACAAAAUCCCUGUAGGUACAGUCUCAAUCAAAACAAGAGCAUUAGGCCCAUUCAUCAUUUAAUCAGACAUACUUGUGGUAUGCAUUUUAAAAAUUUUCAGCUGAAAUUGGAUAUAAAAUAUUGUUCAAAAUGGUCCUGUGGAUACUACAUAUUCCUGAAUGCACCACAUGUACUGUACUUGACUUGUAAUAUAGCAUACCCAUUACCAUUUGUUGUGUCCAGCGGUUGUUGAUAUUACACACUUAAUACCAGAGGUGGGGCUGUCUAAAAAAUUAUCAGGAAUGGUUUGGAGACAAGAAGACAUGAAAUUUUGCUCUUGUGUGUGGGGAAAAUUAAAUAAAUAUGAUUAAGAUUUAAUCAUUCUGUUCAAUUUCAACUAUUAAUUUCAGAAUCUUAUUUUUAUUAAGAACAGGAAGUGACUACUAACCUAUAGUUGGUGCUAGAUGCAGGUUAUGUAACACACACCAUUCCUGUCCUGUGAACAGUUUAAUCAUGGUCAUCAAUCAUCAUUAUCAUUUCACAUUAUUUUCACCAAUGAUUUAUUGUACGUAGGUGGUUUCAUCUUGUUGAGAUCACAAUGGUUUUGUCUGUGAUACAUUUCUUUCCAUCCUGUAAAUACAGAAUUAUAUAUAUAUAUUGAAACAACACUGUGAUAUAUUUGAUACAAGACAAAAUGAUCUUGAUUUUCAUUGUAAAAUUGUUUUAGAUAUUUUGGGAAAUCUAAUAUGGCUGAUCUGAUGCUAUUGCAGAAAAAAACAAUAGAAUUUUAGUCAGCAGUUACAAAUUAGCUAGUUAGAACCUGACCCGGAGAUCUGAAGCUCAUGACUGCCAUUCCUUCAAAACCUUUGUCUCCUGAAUGUGUUUUAAAUUAUAGAUAAAACCUAAGCUUUUAAAUAUCAUAUUGAUAUGUUAGAUAUUUUUGACAUUUAUAUAUCUUACUAGGUAUAGGUAACUAUGUAGAUUUUGUAGCAAUUCUUAUCAAAAUACUUUUGCUCUCCUCAUGUUCUUGUAUUCCUCACAAUCAUAAAUUGUAUUUUUUCUGAUUUCCCUCAACUAUAAAAGUCAUCUCUUAGUAAACCACAAACAUGGAAAGCAUCUGCAUGUGUCCCUAGAUUAUGACACCAAGUCACCAUGUUUCUCAAUCACUGACAUGUCCCUAUUUCCUCAAACACACAUAUAAGACGUCCUUGCUUUACUUGAACAUGAAUAUCAAAUCUUGUAUUCCUUAAACACAACUGUUGAGCUCCAUCGUCUCAGAUCCUUGUAUCUCUCACACAUAUGAUACUCCUAAUAAUUAUUAUUUUCUCUUUGAAAACCUACCCCUCAUCCAUUAGAUAACACCUGGAGUUUUCAAGCAAUUCUAAAAGAAUCAACAUCAUAUCUCACUUUAAAAUCCACCAACUGGAUUGUUGGGCAUCCCAAAUUGGUGUAGAUGUUUUUCCAACACUAACUGGUUCCCUUUUGAUGUUGUGAUGAUGUAUUUAAGAAAUAUUACUUGAUAUUUUAUCAAUUUUGAUGAAAUAUCUCUCUUAGCUGUGUAAAACAAAUGUUGAUUUUAGUGAAAUGUGCUUCACAGUUUGUGAUGUUGAAUAGAAGUGGAUGAAUGUGUUCUAUAUAUAGACCAUGGUUUGUUAAUGAUACAUCAGAUCUGGGUGGCUACAACAAAAUCAAAUAAUGAUACAAUGGUAUAGUUGUUAUACAUUUUGAAAGCAAUAAAUUCUUAGGAUAAAAUUUUUGUGAAAUUUUAAGUCAUUGUUAAGUUCACCCUUGUAAAAUAUAUUACAUUUUGUAUGUGGCAGAUGAAAAUUUUAAUACAUACGCAAUUUAGGAUGGAAAAAUUGUAGGAGCAACAUAGACUGAUGGUACAUUUUGUAUGUUAAACAUGAAAACAAUGCAUGCUAGAGAAAGUACAUUUUUUUUAUCUCUUAAAAUGUCAUAGAUUUUAAACAUUAAAGCACUUUUAAAUGGUAACGGGGCAAGUUGUUUCCUGUAAUUGCAUGAGAAUGACAGUUGUGUGGUAGCUGCUAGCAUGUUGACCAAUGUUCAUACAUGUUUUUUUUGUUUGUUUGUUAUAUAUCAGGUGGACUACAUUAUUAUGUAUUAGAUAGUUUGUGCACUUUUUAAGCUUAUUACAACUGUUUUGAAUAAUCAUAUGUCAACAAAUAUCAGAAACUGCAAGUUCCUUUUAGUAUUACCAAAGACAGAUGCUGAAUAAUUCUUCACUGAAGUCAAGAAACUCUAUCAAUUCAGAUUCCUCCAAGUAAUAUACUUUUUCAGAGAAUUUUUUAAAGAAGAAAAUAUUUUAAGAAGGAAAUUUCAUACUUGAUUUUAGACAAAAUUUGAUUGAUAUUAUGUGAAGAAACUAAUUACAUAUAGCAAAUUAGCUCUGAACAAUGCCUAAUUUACAUAUUCCGUCCAAGGGGUUGUUCUAGCAAAAAACAAAACAAAAAAGGAAAAAAAUUACAUUUCCGUCCAGCUAUGUUGUGCUUUAUAUGUAAUUUACAUGUAGGUAGAUUGCGCUCCACUGUCCCAACUUUAGGUUUGUAAGCAUAAUUGCAAUAUUUUAUGAAAGACAUUUGGUUUUACGUGACACCUUGUUAUACAUUUGUCAUGGAGUAACUACAGAAAGCCAGUCAGUUAUAUACAUCACUCUUUACGACCUCCCACGACAUGUGACUUUCUAAGUCCUACUCAAAUAAAAUCAACAGCUACA